UCAACUGAUUGGGGUAAACGGUUACGACUGGAAGACGAGGAGAAGCAGUUGACCUGUGAAUAAGGUGAAGUCAACGGCAGCCAUUGCCCCUAUUUUCUUCCGAUUGCGUUAGCAGGUGCGUAAUGCGCACUUUGCGUACACCAGACGGGAUGUCAACGAAUCACACCGCGACCCGGGUUCCUCUUCUCCUCUUCAUCUCUCUCAUGUUCUUCACCUCUUUUCCAGGGUUGACGUUAGGCGCAGUUGUGUCGCUGAGAUCGAUUGAGAUAUUUAAAACGCAUGAGUGGCUGAAAGCAACUACAACGGUGUAUUUCCUAUGCAAAGGGGAGAACAUGACGGUGCUUCUAGAUGUCAAGAGACCCCACGCUAUUUAUGCUUUCAAUGGUCAAGAAUCUUGGCAGCCUUUAAGCAACUUUUCAAGUAAAAAAUGUAAACGGUGUGGACUCUAUGAGGAGGACAGCAUUACUUUGGAUGAUGUAUUUGACGAAUGGGAGUUUUGUCCUUCUGACUUUGCUGCACCCGAUGGUGAAUAUAUUCGGUUCAAGGAAAAGGAAUUCAAUGCUACUUUCUUGUGCCCCGAGUGCUUAUCUCUUGCUGGUGUUGAUGAGCAUGAUGAUGGCAAAGGAAUGCAUAUAGCUGUAGUGGUUUUGCUGAGUGUUUUAGUUUCAAUUAUACUGAUUCUUGGAGUGGUGGGUGCAAUUAAGUUCUGGCGAAAGAAGUUAAGGGAACAGGACCGGGCUCGGCUUUUGAAGUUAUUUGAAGAUGAUGAUGACAUUGGGGAUGAGCUGGGCCUUGGUAGUGCAAUUUGAUAUAACGACAGUGAAGAAAAUACCUCCUGCACAAUAUAGGUCAACCACACAAUUUUGUUUAUGAAAAAGGAUGCGAAAUUAUUUUCUUCUAGUUUGACAUGCCACUCUGCUAAUUAUAGGAGAUAUUCAUCAAAGCGGAAAGAAAGGUGUACCAAUGUUCAUAUAUACCUGUACAUGACAUAGAGGUAGAGCUACGUUGUACUUCAUGUUUUUGGUUUGCUAAGCAAUCUAGUAGAAACAAAACAGCAAAAGAAAUAAAUGUUGUACUUCAUAUUCAAGAUUUGCUCAGCAAUCUAGUAGAAACAAAAAAGCAAAAUAAAUAUGUCAUGAAUGACCAUUGUUUUUAGAGCAAUGAUAUUUAGACAAC